AGGGAACAGUGUAGCCAUGGCCGUUCCGCUGCUGUCGCUGCCCCGGGGCCCAGCGCCCCAGGAGGCAUGUGAACGUGGGGGUCCAUGGGCACAUCGACAGCGGCAAGACGGGGCGCUGGGCCCUGCCCUCACACACCGGUUCCACCGCGCCGCCUUCGACCGGGCCCCGCAGAGCCGAGCUCGGGGCAUCACCCUGGACCUGGGCUUCUCCUGCCUCCGCACCCCGCUGCCACCGCACCUGGGCCCCGGCCCCGGCGAGCUCCAGCUCACCCUGGUGGACUGUCCGGGACACGCCUCCCUCAUCCGGACCAUCAUUGGCGGUGCCCAGAUUAUUGAUUUGAUGAUGCUCGUCAUAGAUGUGACAAAAGGGAUGCAGACUCAGUCAGCAGAGUGCUUGGUGAUUGGACAGAUCGCCUGCCAGAAGAUGGUAGUAGUUCUGAACAAAAUAGACCUUCUUCCAGAGGGGAAGAGACAAGCUGCCAUUGAGAAGAUGACGAAGAAAAUGCAGAAGACUCUGGAAAAUACAAAGUUCCAAGGGUGUCCUAUUGCUGCUGUUGCAGCUAAGCCAGGUGGACCAGAAGCCCCAGAGACUGUGAAUCCACUAGGUGUUUCUGAACUAAUUGAGGUCCUGAAGUCUCAGGCUUACCUGCCAACAAGAGAUCCCAUGGGACCCUUCCUUAUGGCCAUCGACCAUUGUUUCUCCAUCAAGGGUCAAGGCACAGUGAUGACAGGGACUGUUCUUUCUGGCUCCGUUAGCCUAGGUGAUAAUGUGGAGAUUCCUGCCCUGAAGGUGACCAAGAAAGUCAAAUCUAUGCAGAUGUUCCAUACUCCUGUAACGUAUGCCAUGCAGGGUGACAGAGUAGGCGUCUGUGUGACCCAGUUUGAUCCCAAGCUGCUAGAACGAGGUCUGAUCUGUACUCCAGAAUCUCUCCAGACCAUACAUGCUGCUGUCAUCUCCUUGAAGAAAAUCCAGUAUUUCCGUGGUGCUCUUCAGACCAAAGCCAAGUUUCACAUCACAGUUGGUCAUGAAACAGUCAUGGGAAAAGUGAUGUUUUUCAGCCCAGCCCCUGCUUACUUCAGCAAAGAACCCCUGGAGAAUGCUUUUGAUUUUGAAAAGGAAUAUCUUUAUCAAGAGGAAUACUUAUCCAAGGGCUCAAAAUCUUCGGAGGAAAACAAGGAAAAUGACCAAACAGGAGAAGGGCAGCUUCCGAGGCAACAAUGGGCUUUACUGGAGUUUGAAAAGCCUGUCACUUGUCCUAAAUUUUGCCUUGUGAUUGGCUCCAAGCUGGAUACUGAUAUUCAUGCAAACACCUGCAGAUUGGCGUUCCAUGGGAUAUUGCUUCAAGGGAUGGAAGACAAGAACUACGUUGAGACUUUUCUUCCAAAACUGAAAAUGUACAAACUGAAGCAUAAGGAAGGACAAGUGGAAAGGGUGCUGGAUGAUUAUAGUGUGAUUGGUCGUUCAUUGUUUAAGAAGGAGACCAACAUCCAGAUUUUUGUGGGGCUAAAAGUCAAACUAUCUACAGGAGAGGAAGGAGUAAUAGAGGGCGGCUUUGGGCAGAGUGGCAAAUUUAAAAUCCGAAUUCCAAAUGGACUCAAGCCAGAUACAAAGGUGUUUCUCACUGUCCCCUCCAAGAAGAAAUCCAAGGCAGGGAAGGGAGAUACAGCCAAAGAGGAUGAAAGCAGCAAGGUUGACUCAGCCCAGCCUGUUACUGUCAGCCUUCUCUUUAAAAGAUACGUCUUUGACACACAGAAGAAAAUGAUUCAAUCUUGAGAAGGCGGAAGAGGCCUUCUAGCUGAGGUCUGAAGUGUCCUUAAAAGGCUUACACACCAAAAUGAAUUCAGGUGGAACUUAUUUCUUAUCUGAAAACCUUGGACUUUGAAAGGCUUUUUAUCUCAGUAACAUCCUAUAAGGGCUCCUUCUACCUGGACUGAAGCUGGAAAGUCCUCCUAUUCUCAUGACUAUGCUUGGCCUCCAGAAUCUAUUUGUUCUGAUUUUGCUGUUUGAAUCUCCCUGCUGUCCCUCUUGGCAAGAGUCACCUGCCAAUUUGUACAGUUGUUUUACAGUUGAUAGAAAUGUUUUCGUGAAAUAUUUUAAGAUUCUUUUAAUUUAAGCAUUCUGCAGCAAGGUGGGAAAUACAAACCCAGUAGCAUUUGGGAAAUGUUAUGAAAACCAGUAAAUGAAACUAACCAGUCUAUUUCACGCCCCAGGCUGAGUGAGGGGCAAAAAACACCCAAUGUAAAUGGUGAAAAUUAAAAUAGAUGUUUUGGAUUCUUUCAGAUCUAAUAAUGUGAGUUGCUGUCUGAGAGACAGGUAUGGAAGUUUAUAUAAGUGAUUUAUAUCUUGACAGUCUGCAGUGUUAGAACAUCAUCGUAAGCAAAUAAUUUCAGGGUCUGUAUUGUUAUGUUUCCUAGUCUGGCAGUUCAGAACUGCUUUUCUACAAUAUUUCACACAGCUUUUGUGAGUCUUCUGGCUAUUUAUUUGAUUCUUCAGGAAAUUGGGAGGCUAAGCUAUUCUGAAUCUUUGCUAAGAAAAUAUGUGCUGGAACUGCUUUAAUUUUUGUAA